UCCAGGUGGACUGUUGUCUUUGGUUUGGUAAUCGUCGUGUUGUUGGCUGCAUUGACCUGGGUCGUUGCUCCCAAAAACGACCAAACGGUCUGGAGGAGCUCUAUCAUCCUCACUCUCGCCAUGUGCUACUUGAUGUGGGCCAUCACCUACUUGUGCCAAUUGCAUCCCUUGGUUGCCCCCAGACGCUCUGACUUGAGGCCUGAAUAUGCCGAAUGA